AUGUCUACACAAAAGCCUUUAUACGUCCUCGUCACUGGCGCAACAGGAUUCAUCGGUGCCCAUGUCGUCGAUAACCUCUUGGCUCGUGGAUUCUCAGUCCGAGGAUCAACAAGGUCCAAGGUGAAGGGGGAUCAAAUGAAGGCAGCGCGUCCUCAGUAUGCCUCCAAGCUCGAUUUCGUUGUGGUGGAAGACUUUACCAAGAUCGGAGUAUUCGAUUCUGUGAUGGACGGCAUCGACGCAGUCAUCCAUAUAGCAAGCCCAUUCUUCUACGACACCGCCAACAAUGAACAAGAACUCGUCCUGCCGGCAAUCAACGGAGUAAAAUCCAUCCUCUCCGCCUCAGCCAAACAAGGGACUCAAAUCAAGCGCGUUGUCAUAACAUCUUCCUUCGCCGCCGUAGUCGACGUGAACACCACCCCACCAAAGGGCUUCACCUAUACAGCCGCACAAUGGAACCCACUCACAUACGAGACAACAAUCGACCCCAAAUCCGACGCCGUAGUCGCAUAUCGCGGCUCAAAGAAAUUCGCCGAACUAGCAGCGUGGGAAUUCGUCAAGGAUCAAAAGACAGCCUUCGACCUGGUGACUCUGUGCCCACCAAUGGUCUUUGGCCCUGUGGUCCAUCCCGUGCCUACCGUGGAGCAACUGAACGAGUCGAACGCUGUCCUUUGGAGUGUGGCCGCCGGCGCGGAUCCACUACCUGGUGCGCGGGUCCCUGCUUGGAUUGAUGCGCGUGACCUUGCAGAGGCGCAUGUUCAGGCGUUACUUAUCCCAGAGGCCGGUGGGAAGAGGUUCAUUCCUGCUUCAUUAGAGCCUUUCUCUUAUGAGCUUGCUGCGGAUAUUAUUCGUGGGGAGUUUGAUUGGGGUAAGGAGACUGUUACCUCGAAUUAUAAGAUGGAUGAGAAGCCGACUGUUUCGUAUGGGGUUGACGGAGAGACUGUGGCUCGAGAAUUGGGGGUUAAAUACCGGCCUUUCAAGGAGACUGUGGUUGAUUUUGUGGGACAGAUUAAGACUCUGGUUUAG